CUUUAAAUUUUAAAUUCUCAAGGAAAAGGGGAAUGUUUAAGAAGGAUGUUGUAGUUAUGAACAGGCCUGAAUGCUGAAACUAGAGGGAAUAGAAAUGGGAGGCUGUACAGGAUUUUGAGCAUUCCUUAUCUGGACUUCUGAAAUAUAAAACAUUACAAAAUCCAGUAUUGUCUACAAUGGAUGCCUGAGAUAGUGAUGUCUGUUUUCUGAUGGUUCACUAUACACAUCUUAAUGCACAGUUAUUUAAAAUAUUUAAUAAGAUUACUUUCAUUCUGUGUGUUUAAGGUGUUUGUAAAACAUAAAUGAAUUUCAUGUUUAGACUUGAGUUCCAUCUCCAAGAUAUAUCAUUGUGUGUGUGUGCAUGUGGAUACAUGGAUGGAUGGGUAGAUAGAUGCAAAUACAGGCAUUCCAAAAUCCAGUAUACUUCUGGUCGCAAAAAAUUCGAAUAUGGGUUACUCAACCUGUUGUUUCUUUAACUUAUUGUCAACAGCCUUUUAAUCCUCUUGUGGGGAAAAACUAGGAUAUAAAUUAAGUACUAUAAAUUAAUUUAUCGCAGAGAUGUAGUCGUGAGCCAUGGGAACAGAUCCAGGGUUCGAUCUCUAUGCUUAAGAAAGGUUAGACAUUGUUUACGUAGCUGUAAUCAAAUGCCUUUAAGAUGAAAAAAAUAUUAGUGUAGGAAGCCAGAGAGGAAAUAGAAUAGCCGUGCAGAUUAUGUUCAUAAAGUUUAUUAGAAAUAUGCUUACUGUUGAAAGUUGCAUAUUGACAAGCGUGGACUGGAAAGAGGAGUUGUAGGUUUGUGUUGGUACAUUGAUGAGAUCAGUAUGAGGUCAAUCUUUUCUGAACUGCAGGGAUCAAAUCCAAGCUAGCAGACCGGAUAUUCAGUAGGCACAUAUGUAUGAAAUCAGGACAGCCAGAAGAAUAAUUUUAAAGGUUUCAGUAUAAUAAACUUUAUUUCUACCCCACCACCAUCUCCCCGAAGAGACUCGGGGCAGCUAACAAAAUACAGCACAGUGCCGUAUAUAUAGAAAUACAUAAAUCUAAAACAAUACAGUAUCAUACUGUAUAUGAUUUUCAUGGGUUUUAAAUUAUACAAAACUGUAUAAUAAGGGCUAUUUUACACAUUACAGUAUUAUAUCUACUGUAAAAGACUUGGAGCAGUGGGUUCAAAUUACCAGAAAGGAGUUUCCACCUGAACAUUAGGAAGAACUUCCUGAUUGUGAGAGCCAUUCAGCAGUGGAACUCUCUGCCUUGGAGUGUAGUAGAAGCUCCUCCUUUAGAGGCUUUCAAACAGGCUGGAUGGCCAUCUGUCAGGGGUACUUCAAUUGUGCUUUUCCUACAUGGCAGAAGGGGGUUGGACUGGAGGUAACAAGGUUGUGAACAUAAUAUUCAAAUAGUAGUUUUCCUGAAAGGUAUAGUGCUAUUAAUGUUGAACUAGAACUUCCAGAGGUCAGGGUUUGAAUUUCCACUCAGCCAUGGAAACACGGUGAUUGUGAACAGCUCUCAUUCUUUCAACCUAAGGGGAAGAAUGACUGAAGAUUGAACAGACAAUGGGCUUUACGUACCUUGAUGGAAUUUUGUGCAUGGAGACACAUUACUUGCUAUGGCAUCUGAGACAGAAAAGGCCCAUGCUCUUCUCCAGUCGUUCAGCACAGCCUCUAUCAUUUCAAGCCUAGGACUGGGGAUUUUCUGCUUUGUAGCUGAUAGACUUUUGCAGGUUUCCUUCAUUCAGCAAAAUGACUGGUUGCGGGCAAUCUCUGAUAACACUGUGCAUGGUGUUGUGGGAUUGUGGUCUUGGGCAAUAGUGAUUGGAUUGAAGAAGAAAAGUGACUUUACAGAAGUCUUAUUAGCUGGUUUCCUCUCAUCUGUAAUUGACAUGGAUCACUUCGUUUUAGCUGGUUCUCUUUCAUUAAAGGCUGCCUUGACUCUUCCACAAAGACCAUUUCUUCACUGUACUACUGUGAUCCCUGUUGUGUGUCUGACGUUGAAAUUUAUUAUGCAUCUUUUGAAGCUGAAAGAUUCUUGGUGCUUUCUUCCCUGGAUGCUGUUUAUCUCCUGGACUUCACAUCAUGUUCGAGAUGGAAUUCGCCAUGGUUUGUGGAUCUGCCCAUUUGGAAAGACUGUUCCCCUGCCUUAUUGGCUUUAUGUGGCAAUCACAGCCUCUUUACCUCAUCUCUGUUCUUUUAUUAUGUAUUUAACAGGAACAAGGGAACUAAUGUCGAUAAAACAUGGGAUUCAUAUUGAUGUUUAAGGAUGGUUGUGGUUGUGUCACCAAAAUAAUUCACUUGUGAUAUAAACUGAUAUCACAAAGCUUUAUAUAGCAGGAGUAUUGAUUCUUUGAGGCCAGUGUUGCACAAGGUAAUGUGAUUCAACAAUGUCUUGAGCUGUCACUUUCAGCUUCUCCUAUAGACAUUUUUAUUUCUUUUUAUUCAAAAAUUGGUUAAGCAUUAAUAAGGAUGAACAUAUGCUAAAACUAUGGUCUUUGCACUUUUGCCAGUGCAGAGUGACUGAUCCACCCACAGCUCAUGAAUUUUAAUUUCAGGAAGCUAUUGAAAUUUGUUAUCCCCUUUUCUGCCUCUUUAUUAGGAGAAGGAAAGAGUCAUAGACUGGAAACAGAGAAAAGUGUUGUGGGACAUUUGGGGUAGCAUAUUUCCUGGGAAGCAGAGAAGACUGUUGUGGGUGUCCUCCACUUUUAAUUUUUAAAAGUAUUUAUUUAUUAAAGUCUUCCUCUUCUGUCUCCUCCACUAUAACUCCUUUACUUCUUGUCAUUUUCUGUUCACAGAUUUCUGUCUUUGAGCCUUGUGCUUUCUUUAAUUCACUGUCUUAUAUACUGAUCUGUUCAGAUAAAGAAUCCUUAAAACGCUGCUAAAGACCAAUACAUGUGUAACAAUAGAUAUUACUUAGAAUUGCAUUUUAAUUUUAUUUAUUAUGUUUUAAUGGUAUUUUUAACCACACACACAGGACCAUUUAAUUGUUUUUGUUUAUAUAUAAUAUAUAUAUAUAUAUAUAUAUAUAUAUAUAUAUAUAUAUAUUUGUUUUGUUUUAAAUUGAUCAAACUGUGUGAUUGUUAGCCGCCUUGAUUUCCAUCAGGGAGAAAGCUGGGGUAUAUAUAAAGGUAAUAAUAAUACCCAAAAACAGUGAUCUACCACUUUAUGGGAUUUACACUUUAUGUUUGGGGUCAACAACUGGAUGCUUAGAAGCCAAAACUCAGCUCCCCAUAGAGCACUCCCUAAACCUUCAUUGCUACUUUGAGAGACUUAAGUAUUAUGUUUACAGUUUGCAGAGAUCUUCUAUUUGUACAGUUUAACGUAUUUGGAAGAUUACCUUAUCUCUAAAGUAAGGGUUUGGACAAAAUCCCAAAGGAAUGAAGCAAAAUCCUGAUUGUGUCAAAAUGCUGCUUGUGAUAAAGUGAUUGAUGCAUUUCUUUAAGGGUUUACACUGGUAUUACAAAAAAUGAACAGUUCUGGAAAGGUAAUGGCAGCUCAAAGGAUUUUCCAUUUACAGUACAUGCGUUCUUGUUGUGUUUUAAUUUGCUAGCUGAAGUGAAUUUUAAUAUUCUUUCUACUUUGCAGAAAAAUACUUAACUGCUAUUUUAUUUUAUUGCAUCAGUGGGAUUCAUGAUUCCCUACAUUUUUAAUAGAAAUACUGGUGGAUGUAAAAUAUAGUAACAAGUUUGUGAAAAUGGAAUUACCGUAAUUCAAGGUAUGUUUCCCGUUUUUGGUAACUUUCUAUAAGAGCACUUUUAAAUCAAAACUACUGAUAAAUCUAGUUUCCUUGUCUUUGAAGAUCUUAAAUUAUUCUCAAAUUUACCUUAGUAGCUGAAUCUUUUACAGAAGAGUGUCUGUUAGAUGUAGAUGACUGUAGAAUAGUUAGUAGUAUGGUCAAGGUAAAGAGAAGGAUUUGCAUUCUUUGGGCAUUUUACAGCUGCUUCUAACAACAUAAGUGUGACUAAAAUAGAGCUAAUUGUUCCCCACAGCUUAAAAUAGAAAUGGGGUAUGUGUUUGGUUAUAAUAUUAAGCCAAGCAGUGAUUGUAUUCCCAAAUUGGGAGAAUUUUAAAAUGGAACAAAAUGCAGUUAAGCCGUAAGUUCCAUACUGGAAAUGAUUAUACAGUAAUUAUGAUGUAAACAAUAAAAGGACUGCAUUUGUACACUUGUACACUUCAGAGCUAGUGAAAAAAAUAAUGGGCAACAAUCCAUGGAUGAGCAUAUGGCCUUGACUUUGCACCUUACAUUCUGUUGCACCAAAUUAUUGAAAAUGGUUGUCUGUGGCCCAUUGCCAGUCUGCAAACUGACUGCUGUAGCACAAAGCGUAUCCAGGGAGGGGGGGAAACAGUUCUAUUCAGUGGGCACAAAUAUGGUAUUGAUACCAGGCACAUUAGGGGAAAUUCUGGUUCUCAUUCUUAACAUCCAGUCCACUAUUUUUUUUCCUAAAUGGAAACCCAAAUGUGGGGCAAAAGAUAAUAGCCAUUUCUCACAGUUGUUCCCCUUUGGCGACACGAUGUAACUGAACCUUGAGGUACCUUUUGCAGGGCAAAAUUAUGGAUUGUAAUAUGUCCCAUGGGUAAGUUGAAGGUCAUUUCACAGAAGAGUAAGUGCUGGUGCCCUGGCUGCCACGGCUGCCAUUUCCCAACCCAGGCAUUCAAAAAGGUCUAAAGUGGUGUAGCGGCAGCGAGAGUUGAGUAGGUUGGUGUUUCUUUUAUUUUCUCCAGGGACAAACUAAGGUCUUGCCUUUUGCCACUCAAUUCAGAUACUGUUUCUUUUCUUUUCUUUGAUAAAAGUUAAGAUACAAUGCUCACAUUGACCCCUUGAGAAGUAAACCCAGGUUUUGGAGCAAUCUUUUAGCUAAAAUUUCUAGGCAUACAUGAAUAUAUAGAUGCUAUAUAACAUUCAUUACUAGUAGGCACUGAUUCGUUAUUGGCUGUUUGGGCCAUUAUUUUAGCAUAGUGUCAAACAUUUUCUUGUAGUCUGUUGUGUUUAAGCAUGUUAAUGACAGGUAAGCCAAAUAGACUGUAUCUUAGAUAACAAAUCUUGUGAUUUUAUGGAGAUGUGACCUUCCAGAGGCUGAAUCGCAGUUGCUGUUAUUGCUCACCAUUGACCAGGGCUGAUGGAACUUCAUUCCAACAAUAUCUGGAGGGCCACAUAUUCUUAGCCUGUUUUAUUUGAUGACAGUCACUUCUAUAAUGCAAAAUCAAUUUUUAGUCCCACCUAAAGUAAAUAUAUUGAAAUUAGGGUGACUUUUAAGAUGUACUUUCAUGGGUUCUUGUUAUUCUUUAUCCUAAAAUGUCAUUGUUUCUUCCAGGUUCUUGCUCUUACUGAAAGAUGCAAUGCAUAUCUGGGAAUAACUGCAAAAUGCAUAGGAACAUAAGGCACAAAGAGUCAAAUUAUUGGGUUGUUGUAUGUUUUCCGGGCUGUAUGGCCAUGUUCCAGAAGUAUUCUCUCCUGACGUUUCGCCCACAUCUGGAACAUGGCCAUACAGCCCGGAAAACAUACAACAAUCCUGUGAUCCCGGCCAUGAAAGCCUUCGACAACACAGUCAAAUUAUUUUUCCAUUUGGCCUAGAUUUCAGAUCUAGCAUUGUCUGUUUCAUUCAGCAACCAUUCAUUUGGGCACCCGGCAGAGUCUUUAAUAGCAAUCUGAUCCUUUUAAUUAGUGAUGCCAGGGAUUGAAUUUAGCACCUGUCUCUUCAAGACCAGAGUAACUGUUGCUGUCUGAAAGAAGACUUUAAAUAAGUCUUCCUAGGGCAGUGGUUCUCAACGUGUGGGUCCCCAGAUGUUUUUGCCUUCAACUCCCAGAAAUCCUAACAGCUGGUAAACUGGCUGGGAUUUCUGGGAGUUAUAAGCCAAAACACCUGGAGACCCACAGGUUGAGAACCAUUGUUCUAGGGCAUAAUCUUUAGCUAAAUUAUUUUUAAUGCUUACAUAGACAAUCAGGCCUGAAUUGGCAUUUAUGUUCCCUGCAGUGGACUUCUAAACAUAUAUAAUCGGUGCACUUAUGCAACCUUUCAGGUGUGAGUGAACUUCCUAUUAUGCUUUAAGGCCAUCCCUUCUAUGUUGAGCAAGAGCCUUAUUUGUUUAGCACAAUGCCAAAAACUCUUAAUUUUUAGUGUGAAGAGGUAUGUAUUUUCUCUCUCAAAAUACUUGAGGAAUUGUUUUUCCCCAUUUGGUGCAAUAUUUUGAGAAUAGGGAUUGCUUACAAAUUAAAUCUUGAAAGUGGAAUUUUGCCACAAACAUUUACCAUGAUACAAAAAUAGAUGUAUUCAUCCAAUGUCCUUAGCAGGAAAGGGAUAAGCAGCCAAAUAACAGAAUGGUUCAAUAUCUUUAUACUUUGUUCAGAAGUUGCAUUUGUUCCUCUGAUACGGCUUUCCUUUUAAAACCUAUUUAAAUGUUUGUAGUUUGGGUGCCUAAGAUUUUGUAAUACACAGCUUGUUUAUCAGCAUUCCAAAGUCAUGUCUUUAUUACUUUAGUACAGGAGUGUUACAGGAUUCAAUCUUAUAGUGGUACAGAGUUCUAGAAAGGUAUGUCUGGUGAUAAAUGCAUGUUUAUGCAACAAUGUCUAGAAUUAGACAUUUUUGUCUAUUUAAGCAUGCUUUUAUUGGAAACAUAGUCCACCUUGCCUGCACAAAGUUUUGUUCUGUUCCUAAUUAUUUUAUGGAAACAAAAGUAUUCACUGUUCACUUGCAUAAAAGUAUUUAUUUAGCCUCCAAAAUACUUUGCAUUUGUACUAUUUGUAGGAUGUUGCCACAGGCAUUUCAGGUCUUUUAAAGAAAAAUAACAUUUUAAAUGGUUAGAAAUACUACCAAAAACUGUUACUUUUGGAGUAUUAAUUACAAAUUAUAGUAAUUACAUCUUAUUUGUAACUUGGGUACUGCCUGUAUAGAUAAGGGAAUCAAUGGGUCCUUUGGGGAAGUCCUGGGUCCUUUGGGGAAGUCAGCCCAAGUCAUCACACUAUAGUUGCUAAAUUUUAAUUUGAUAAUGAAAUUUUUAGCAGAACUUUCUUUUUUGAUCCUAAAUACCAAAUUUUAAAGGAAGCUAAUGGGUGAAAUGACAUGAAGAUGCAUCAUCAUCAUCAUCAUCAUCAUCCCACUUUAUCUCCCCAAAGGAGACUCAAAACAGCUUGACAUAAAAGCAUCAGUAUACAAUUUUAAAUAUACAAAUAUUAAAACAUAAUUAAAUACAAACAGCACUAAACAUUCAGUUAAAAUCCAUUAAAACAUAUUCAAAGUUAAAAAUCACAGCAUCCCCUCACUAGAUCUUGAUUGCUUUUCUUUUAAGGUAGGGUGGAAACUCUGAAGUUAACAUAAAUAGUUAAAUAUUGUGGGUGGUUUUUAGUAGGAUUGUUCUAGGGUGUAAUGGAGCAGAAAUCAAAACACUUAACAGACACAAAUUACCAUCUAAAGUUGACUGCACUGUCUCUCUAUAUUAAUUCAGUAAUCUGCUUUUCAUCUAGGAUUAUCAAAUUAUCUUACAACAAUGGAUAUUAAUAACAGAAAUCCAGUCUAAGACAUUGUGUUUCUUGAGUGUGUCUAUAGCACUGUGUUGUAACCCAUAGCAAAAGAUACACUUUAUGGGAAUUAAAAUUCUAAAUACCAGGAGGACUGAUUUGGGAUUCAUUGAUAUGUAGAGAGAUAAAUUAACAGAUGUCACCUCCUUUUACUAUCCAGAGUGUUCUGUGUAGAAAUUGCUCAGGAAGGUCUGUUGAUGUCAGAAAAUUAUCUAUAGUGUAGGUAUCAGGAAAACUACUUUAGGGAAGGUAUUCUAUAGCUGGGAUAUUACCACUGAAAAGCCUUCAUUGACACUUAUAAGAACCAAUCAGUGAAAUCAUGUUAUCGCUAAGAAGAAUGUCACAUAAUAAUCCCCUGAAGCACUUGUUCCAAUUUCCCAAAAUAAAAGUAUUUUAAAUUACUGUCAAUGAACUGUAUGAACACUGUGUAAUAAAAGGUAAUUGUAGAGUUUUGUGACUACUGUUCCUUGCAUUGAUUUGAAAGUAAAAGCUAUAAAGAGUCUCGGAAGUUUUGCUUGGCUGAAAUGUUACUGUAUUUCACAAUUACUUUGACUCUUCUCCCUGCUCAGCAUCAACACAAUUACAACUUUGCAUUCCCUGAAAGAGACAGAAGUUCUAUUUCAACAUACUGAUAUAUGUUCAUGUUAUCUAUCCAUUUUGUGCAAAUUGUUGACCACAACUGUGACUGUCUAUUGUUUUCAAAGUGGCAUUAAAAAUGUUUAUUAACUGUA